AUGGAUCGACUGGAGCUGCAAGACAUGAGCAGUGUCUGUGAAGAUGAGAACUGUGGUCUAACGUCCAGUUUUCCAGAGGACUGCCCGAACCAAGACUGUGACUGGGAGGAACCAAUGUUUGGAUUGACAGAGUUAGUGUGUGUGACAGUCAUUUACAUUCCUGUGAUGCUUUUCGGUCUCCUGGGAAAUGUCCUAACAAUUCUGGUAGUUUGGCUGCGUCCGCGCAUGAGAAGUUCCACUUACUUGUACCUGAGUAGCAUGGCUGUCAGUGAUCUGAUGAUACUACUUCUCCUACCUUUGGAUCUCUAUAAGCUAUGGAGGCCUCGACCCUGGCCCUUCGGAGAGCUCGCCUGUAAGAUGACCAUGUUUCUCUCUGAGUGCUGCACCUUCUGCACCAUCCUCCACAUCACCUUCCUCUCUUUGGAGAGGUAUGUGGCUGUCCGCUGGCCAAUCACGGCCAAGACACUGAUAACACGCCGCAGAACCAGAGCUGUCAUUGGCUGCCUGUGGCUGGGCGCGGCGCUGAGUGCAGCACCCGUGUUGGUGAUGGUUGGAGUCGAGGAAGUUGGGGAGGAAGAUCUCAGGGUCAGUGGAUGGAGGGAGAACGGAAGGUGGAUGGGCGAGGAUGGCAGUCACAUGACUUCACUUGAUGGCGAAUUAGAUGCUCAGACGGGGGAAGAAAAGGAGAGACACCGUGAAGGAGCUGGACAAUGGAAUUGGUUGGAAGAUGGCGAAAUGGGUGGAAUAGGUGAGAAAAUGAAACAACGCGCAGUUGCAAUUAAAAACGAACAACACGUCGAGGAAGAUGAUGGCGAGCAGGAAAACCUUUUGAAAAGAGAUGAAGGAGAAGGAUGGGAGUCAAACGUUGGUGAGAAACACAAGCGGGAGAUUGAUAGGAGGGAGUGCCGCUGCACAGACUAUGCCAUUUCCUCUGGCCUCCUCUCCGCCAUGAUGAUUCUGUCCAACCUGUACUUCCUGGUUCCAGUCUGCAUCCUCGUACUGGUCUACGGUCUGAUUGGAAGGAUCCUCUGGCUGCGCCCUCAGAGCAGCCGCAGAGAGCAAAGUCACAGACACACCGUCAAAAUGCUCGGAGUGAUUGUCUUGGCGUUCGUCCUGUGCUGGCUGCCUUUCCACGUUGGUCGAACUAUAUUCUUUUUCUCUCUGGGAACCGGUACGGACAUUCUGUACUAUCUGUCGCAGUAUUUUAACCUGGGUUCGUCCGUGCUCUUCUACCUCAGCGCUGCGAUCAACCCGUUACUGUACAACGUGAUGUCAGCCAGGUACAGACACGCUGUUUGA